AUGCCGGUGCCCGCUGCAACAGGUUUUGCGUGUCGAGCCCAUCCACUCCAUUUCCCGCCGAUUCCCCGCCAUCGACACCACCAGCCCAAUUCACUUUCUCGACCCCACCCCAUCGCUCAGUUUCACGCCCACCACGGCACUAGACUGGCAGCAAGGCGUUUCUCUUCAUUUCCUAUCAGAUCUCGUCUUCUCUCCGUCCCUCAUUUUGCGACUGCUCACGUCCACAAACUCGACCCCGCCAACGAUUCACUAUCACUGUGGGCGGGAAAACGCUCCUUUUCAUCUUCAAAUUCUAAUAUGGCAGCUAUCAAAAUCGAUGGCACAGCGAUUGCCAAAAAUAUCAGGGAGCGAUUGAAUGCUGAGAUUCAAAAAUCUCAACAAACAAAUCCCAGAUUCAAGCCCAGCUUGGUAAUUUUCCAAAUUGGAGACAGAUCGGAUUCCAGUACAUAUGUGCGGAUGAAACUGAAAGCUGCACAAGAGGCAAACAUCCAAUGCCAGCUCACUAAGUUUUCUGAAGAAAUCAGUGAGCUUGAACUACUUCAGGAGAUCACCCUUGUGAACAACGAUUCUUCCGUCCACGGCAUCCUCGUCCAACUGCCGCUUCCAAGCCACCUUUCUGAACAUACCAUUACAUCUGCAGUUGCUGGUGAGAAAGAUGUUGAUGGAUUCGGAGCUGUCAACAUUGGAGAAUUGGCCAAGAGAGGGGGCAAGCCUCUCUUUGUUCCAUGCACUCCCAAGGGGGUUAUGGAGCUCCUGAAAGUCUCUGGCAUCGAGCUGGCUGGCAAGAACGCCGUGGUAUUGGGUAGAAGUGAUAUCGUCGGCAGUCCUGUUAGCUAUUUGCUGAAGAGUGCAGAUGCCACGGUCACUGUCUGCCAUUCGAAAACUAAGGAUCUCGAAAACAUCAUCAAGCAGGCAGAUAUUUUGGUUGCUGCCAUUGGAAAGCCUGAGUUUGUCAAGGGAUCAUGGCUUAAACCUGGCGUCGUUGUCAUUGAUGUUGGCACCAACUAUAUUGAUGACCCAACGAAGAAAUCAGGCCAACGGUUAGUUGGUGAUGUUGAGUACUCUUCUGCCGUUGAAGUGGCAUCACACAUCACUCCAGUUCCCGGAGGUGUUGGCCCUAUGACCGUAGCUAUGCUUCUCCAGAACGUCGUUAAUUCCGCGAGAAGCUACUUUGAGAAACAAAAGGAUAGACACCUCACUCCCCUACCUCUUAAACUCCAAACACCAGUUCCUUCAGAUAUCGCAAUAUCUCGGGCCCAACGCCCUAAGCCCAUCACCACUGUCGCUGCUGAGAUCGGCAUUGCGCCUCAGGAAUUAGAACCAUAUGGGCAUACCAAGGCCAAGGUCACCCUUGACCUUUUGGACCGUCUAUCUCACCGUCGUAACGGACGGUAUAUCUUGGUGUGCGGAAUAACACCAACUCCUCUGGGGGAGGGAAAAUCUACGACUACCAUGGGUCUUACCCAGGCGCUUGGCGCUCAUCUUAACAGAAUAGCCUUUGCCAACGUUCGACAACCUAGUCAAGGACCUACCUUCGGUAUUAAAGGUGGUGCAGCUGGAGGAGGUUACAGUCAGGUCAUCCCCAUGGACGAAUUCAACCUUCAUUUGACUGGUGAUAUUCACGCCAUUACCGCCGCAAACAAUUUGUUGGCUGCAGCUAUUGAAACAAGGAUGUUCCAUGAAUCCACCCAGAGUGACGCCGCCCUUUACAAACGGUUGGUACCAGCCAAGAAUGGAAAACGCGAGUUCCAACCUAUAUUUUUCAGAAGAUUGAAGAAAUUAGGAAUUACAAAGACCAACCCAGACGACCUCACCCCGGAGGAAAUCAACCGCUUCGCGAGGUUGGACAUUGAUCCUGAAACGAUUACCUGGCGAAGAGUUCUGGACGUCAACGAUAGACAUCUGCGGGGGAUCACCAUUGGCCAGGCCGCCACCGAAAGAGGCCACACUAGAGAGACUGGCUUUGAUAUUUCCGUUGCAAGUGAAUGUAUGGCUAUUCUAGCCCUCAGCAAUGAUCUUGCCGAUAUGCGCGAGCGUCUGGGCAGGAUGGUGAUUGCUACAUCCAAGAGAGGAGAUCCCGUGACUUGCGACGACAUUGGCUGCGGGGGUGCCCUAACAGCUCUGAUGAAAGAUGCCAUCAAGCCAAAUCUCAUGCAAAGUCUUGAGGGAACACCGGUUUUUGUCCACGCCGGUCCCUUCGCCAAUAUUAGCAUUGGUGCCAACUCCGUGAUUGCCGAUAAACUUGCCUUGAAACUUGCUGGAACUGAGCCAGACGAGGACCAUGAAGCGAAGACCGGUUUUGUCGUCACCGAAGCUGGCUUCGACUUUACAAUGGGCGGAGAGCGGUUUUUCAACAUCAAGUGCCGCUCAUCAGGCCUUGUCCCAGACACCGUGGUCAUCGUCGCCACCGUCCGCGCAAUCAAAGUUCAUGGCGGGGGCCCCCCUAUUGCCCCCGGCUCCCCAUUGGCAGAAGAAUACAGGACGGAAAAUACAGAGCUCCUACGAAAGGGUUGCGUCAACCUAAAGAAACAUAUCCAAAAUGCCAAACAAUACGGUAUUCCCGUAAUAGUCGCCAUCAACAAAUUCGAGACUGACACCGACGCUGAAAUCGCCGUGAUUCGCGAGGAGGCCAUUGCUGCAGGCGCAGAGGACGCCAUCCCUGCCAACCAUUGGGCUGAAGGUGGUGCCGGUGCCAUCGAGCUAGCUAAGGGCGUCAUCAUUGCCAGCUCGAAGCCCAAGGAUUUCAAACUCCUGUAUGAUCUUGAAGGUACGGUUCAGGAACGCAUCGAGCGUAUCGGGAAGGACAUGUAUGGUGCGGAGAAGGUGGAGUUUAGCGAACUGGCUCAGAAGAAGGUCGAUACAUAUACCAAACAGGGAUUCGGAAACUUGCCCAUUUGCAUUGCGAAGACGCAGUAUUCGCUCAGUCACGAUCCGAAUCUCAAAGGUGCUCCCACUGGAUACACUGUGCCCAUUAGAGAUGUCAGAUUGGCUGUUGGUGCAGGAUAUCUAUAUGCCCUUGCCGCCGAUAUCCAAACCAUCCCCGGCCUGCCCACCGCACCAGGUUACCUGAAUGUCGAUGUAGACGCUGAGACAGGCAAAAUCGACGGCCUUUUCUAG